AUUAAACCAGGAGAGGUUGGCCUCGGCGCUGUUGUGCUCGUCGGGCUUGCCGGCCGCCAUGGAGCUGCUGUGGGGCUUGCUUCGCCUUUUGCUCGCUGUGUCCCUCCUGGCUUUUGGCCUUUAUUGCUGCUACAUAAAAUCAGUCCAUUUGAGAUAUGAUCACAUCCCCAGCGCCCCAAGGGCGAGCUUUUUCCUUGGCCAUCUGCCGAUCAUUUGGAGAGUGCUUAAAAGCAAGCAACUUCUUCAGGAUCUCUAUCUGCAAUGGGCGGAAGAGUAUGGCCCAAUCCUGCGUGUUAAUGCCUUUCACAGAGUUACGCUAUUGGUGUUAAGUCCUGAAGGAGUAAAGGAGUACCUGAUGUUACCAGAAUACCCAAAGGACCCAUAUAUAUACAGCCGUAUUUUCAAUUUGUUUGGUGUAAGAUUCAUAGGAAAUGGCUUGGUAGCAGAUCAUCAGUAUGACCAUUGGCACAAACAACGCAAAAUUAUGGAUCCAGCAUUUACCCGAAGUUACCUGAUUGGAUUGAUGGGAAUCUUUAAUGACCAAGCGGAAGAACUUAUGAAGGAGAUGGAGAAAAAAGCAGAUGGGGAAACGGAAGUGGAUGUGAUGGACUUGCUGAGACGGGUGACGCUGGACAUCAUUGCAAAGGUGGCGUUUGGCUUAGAAUUGAACACCCUUCAUGAUGACCUCACACCUUUCCCACAUGCAGUGAACAAGGUCAUGAGAGCCAUGCGUGACUCACGCCGUCCGUUCUUCCAGUACCUGCCAGGGAAUAGAAAAAUAGUGAAAGAGGUUCAGGAAAGCGUGAGGCUGCUACGUCGUACUGGAAAGGAAUGUAUCGAGCGGAGGCGCAAGGCUAUCGAGAAUGAGGAAGAGGUUCCACUGGAUAUUCUCACUCAGAUAUUGAAGGGUGCAGCUGAGGAAGGCGACUGUGGCGAUGAAAAUAUGCUGGACAAUUUUGUCACCUUCUUUUUUGCAGGUCACGAAACCACUGCCAAUCAGUUAUCUUUUGCUGUAAUGGAGCUGGCACGGCAGCCUGAGAUAGUUGCAAAACUUCAGGCUGAAGUGGACGAGGUCAUUGGCGUGAAGAUAGACAUUGCUUAUGAAGAUCUUGGGAAGCUCAAAUACCUGUCACAGGUUCUCAAAGAAAUCCUGCGGUUAUAUCCACCAGUUUCUGGCACUGUACGCUGGACAGGAAAGGAAAAGGUCAUUGAAGGGGUCAACAUUCCAGCAAACACCUCCAUAAUUUUCAGCACAUAUAUCAUGGGACGCAUGGAAAGGUAUUUCAAGGAUCCACAUAUUUUCAAUCCGGACCGAUUCAGCAAAGACCAACCGAAGCCUUACUUUUCAUAUUUCCCAUUUUCCCUGGGUUCUCGUUCCUGUAUUGGGCAGGUAUUUGCACAGAUGGAGGCUAAACUGGUGCUGGCCAAAUUUCUGCAGAGGUUUGAAUUCCAGCUGGUUCCACCGCAGAGCUUUAAACUUUUGGACGCGGGAACGCUGAGGCCGUUGGAUGGUGUAGUAUGCAGACUGAAACCACGACACUAGCUGAGUUGUAAAGAGGAAAUGCAAUAUUGACCGUGGGGUCAUUGUGAUGGAUCUCCCCAGGUUUUCUUGUGAGCAGCAAGCCCUAGAGGCUGGACUGAAUUCUGUAAACUGUCUGGCUUGGAACCAUGUUAUCCACUUCUGGCUUUGCUGCAAAUUGGCACUUCCAACAAAUAAUAAUAAUAAUAUAAUUUCUCCCUUUGGAUCGAGGCAGGGAACAAUAUUAGUACAGGAAUCAACACAUCUUUAAAAUUCUUGAUUUUACAUUAAUCUGGGUAGGCCUGCCGGAAAAGGCUAGUCUUCAAAGCUGCCUUAAAAUCACAGAGGGAGUUAAUAUUACGAAUCUCCUCCGGCAAGCUGUUCCAUAAUCCAGGGGCGACAGAAGAAAAGGUCCUCUGGGAAACUGAUGUCAGCCUAGUCUUGGUUGACUGAAGUAAGUUCUCCCCAGAGGACCUGAGUAUGCGGGGCGGACUGUAUGGGAGAAGGCAAUCCCGCAGGUAACCUGGACCCAAACCAUUUAGGGCUUUAAAGGUAAUGACCAACACUUUGUACUUUGCCCGGAAACUAAUCAGCAGCCAGUGGAGUGAUUUUAAUGUUGGGGUAAUAUGCUCACCCCUAGAUGUACCGGUGACCAACUUGGCUGCCAUAUUUUGAACAAGUUGAAGUUUCCCAACUAGGUACAAUGGUAGCCCUAUGUAGAGCGCAUUGCAGAAGUCAAGCCUUGAGGUUACCAGCGCAUGCACAACUGUCUUUAGGUCUUCUGACUCUAAGAAGGGGGGCGCAGCUGGCGUAUCAGCCGAAGCUGAUAGUAGGCACUCUUGGCCGUCACGUUUAUCUGGGCUGUCAUUUAGAGUGACGGAUCCAGGAGCACCCCCAAACUGCGAACACAGUCUUACAAGGGGAGUGUAGCCCCAUGCAGAACCAGUUGACACACCUCCAAACCCAGGUCAGAGCCCUUGACAGCAAGCACCUCUGUUUUGUCUGGAUUCAGCUUUAGUUAGUUUUUCCUCAUCCAGCCCAUUACUGUCUCUAAGCAUUCAUUCAGAGGAGACACACUAUCCUUAGCUGAUGCUGUUUUUGAAGGCAUAGAGAAAUAUAUUUGGGUGUCAUCAGCAUACUGAUAGCAACCCGCCCCAUGCCUCCGGGUGAUCUCUCCCAGCAGUUUCAUAUAGAUGUUAAACAGCAUUCAGUCCAGCCCCAAAAAUAUCUUUUCCCAUUCAGAAAUUUUAGUAACAAUAGUUGCAUUUAACUUACCCGGAUAUGAUUGUAAUGGGGUAAGGGGAGACCACACUGGGGACAGCUUAGACUGCCACUUUUUCCAAAUUGUAAAAAUAGUCUUUGUGUAUGGGUUUUGAAUAUUGUUUAAUUCCUUUGUUUUUAUAGAUUGAAAAGGUACUGCCCAUAAGGGGGCUUUAUUCAACAUUUCUUCUUCCAAGUGUAUCCAAUUUUUAUUUGCCUUCAUAAUAAUAAAAUGAAGCUGUCGUAA